GGUUGGUUCCCCUCUCCAGAUCUGAUGGAAGAGAAGGAGCCUUGGCCCUGGCUGUCCCAGGGGAGGACCUGAAAUUCCUCAGCUCUCUGCGGAGAUUGCCAGCAAAGGCCUGAUCCGCUGGGAUGCUUUGAAGGAAACACACCAGGCCCCACCUAGAGUGUCAGCCUUUGGAUUGCAGGAGCUGCCCUGGCCUGACUCACCCAAUAUGGAGGACGUGGCUGGGGAUGCCCCAUGUGAACACUUUGAGGCCAACGUGCUUACCCAGAGCCGCUGUCAAAACUGCUUCCAGCCUGAGGAGGCCCACGGAGCAAGGCACCAGGAGCUCAGGAGCCCUUCAAGUGCCGAAGUGCCCUACUGCGACCUGCCCCGAUGCCCACCUGCUCCUGAGGACCCGCUCAGUACCUCAAUCUCCGGCUGCCAGUCUGUGGGGGACCUGGGCCUCAGGCCAGGGCCCAAGAGGAGCCUAGCCCCAUCAGCAGGGCUCCCCAAAGAGGGCCCCACAGCCACCCCCAGAAACAGGAGCUGGGAGCUCGAGGCGGUGCCCUAUCUGGAGGACCUGACCUCCUCCCCAUGUGGCAGCUGCAACGAGGGCCCCGACUCUGACACCAGCUCCAGCCCUGACUGCGACACCCCUGAUGGUACCAGCGACUCGUCCUCUGUGGACUGGGACACUGUCAAGAGGCGGGAGGAGACCCCCAGCGGGGACAAGCUCACCACGAUGAUCUCACGGAGGCCGCAGGAGGGGCCGAGAGCUGGCAGUGCCCAAAGGGCUCCCCCUCUCCCCACCAGGUCCCCUGCGGGAGGAGACACUGCAGCCCAGAGAAAGGAGGACGAUGGCGGUGGGAGCGGGAGCGCAGGACAGCACUGGGCGAAGCUCCGUGGAGAAAGCGGGUACUUCUCCUUGGAGCGGCACCGGGCGGCACUGACCCGGGCUUCCUCCAUGACACCACAGAGUGGGCCUCAAAGUGCCACCCCCCAGGCUUCCUCUGCCCAGAGGGACAUUGCCCAGGUGGUCUCCACACAACGCGGUACCCCCCGCGCCUCCUCUCCUGCCCGAAUCACCCAAAGGGAAAACCCUAGGACAUCAUCCACCCAACAAGACACCCCCAGGGCCUCUCAGUACACCUCCAGAGCUUCCUCUCCCUCAAGAAUCACCCAACGGGACAACCCCAGAACCUUAUCCACCCAACGAAACAAUCCUCAACUUUCCUCUCCCCCCAGAGCGACCCAGCAAGACAACCCCAGAACCUCUUCUACCCAACAGGACAACCCCCAAACUUCUUUUCCUGCUUGUACUUCCAAGCGGGAAAACCCAAGAGCAUCCUAUGCCCAACAGGACAAUCCCAGAUCCUCUUCUCCCAACCAAACCACCCAACGGGAAAACCCCAGAACCUUCUGUGCCCAACGGGACAAUCCCAGAUCCUCUUCUCCCAACAGAACUACCCAACGGGAAAACCCCAGAACAUCCUGUGCCCAAAGGGACAAUCCCAGAUCCUCUUCUCCCAACCAAACCACCCAACGGGAAAACCCUAGAACCUUCUGUGUCCAACGGGACAAUCCCAGAUCCUCCAGAUCCUCUUCUCCCAACCGAACCACCCAACGGGAAAACCCCAGAACAUCCUGUGCCCAAAGGGACAAUCCCAGAUCCUCUUCUCCCAACCAAACCACCCAACGGGAAAACCCUAGAACCUUCUGUGUCCAACGGGACAAUCCCAGAUCCUCUUCUCCCAACCGAACCACCCAACGGGAAAACCCCAGAACAUCCUGUGCCCAAAGGGACAAUCCCAGAUCCUCUUCUCCCAACCAAACCACCCAACGGGAAAACCCUAGAACCUUCUGUGUCCAACGGGACAAUCCCAGAUCCUCUUCUCCCAACCGAACCACCCAACGGGAAAACCCCAGAACAUCCUGUGCCCAAAGGGACAAUCCCAGAUCCUCUUCUCCCAACCAAACCACCCAACGGGAAAACCCCAGAACCUUCUGUGCCCAACGGGACAAUCCCAGAUCCUCCAGAUCCUCUUCUCCCAACAGAACCACCCAACGGGAAAACACCAGAAUAUCCUGUGCUCAAUGGGACAAUCCCAGAUCCUCUUCUCCCAACAGACCCACCCAACAGGAAAACCCCAGAACCUUCUGUGCCCAACAGGACAAUCCCAGAUCCUCUUCUCCCAACAGAACCACCCAACAGGAAAACCCCAGAACAUCCUGUGCCCAAAGGGACAAUCCCAGAUCCUCUUCUCCCAACAGAACCACCCAACGGGAAAACACCAGAAUAUCCUGUGCUCAACGGGACAAUCCCAGAUCCUCUUCUCCCAACAGACCCACCCAACAGGAAAACCCCAGAACCUUCUGUGCCCAACGGGACAAUCCCAGAUCCUCUUCUCCCAACAGAACCACCCAACGGGAAAACCCCAGAACAUCCUGUGCCCAAAGGGACAAUCCCAGAUCUUCUUCUCCCAACAGAACCACCCAACAGGAGAACCCCAGAACCUUCUGUGCCCAACGGGACAAUCCCAGAUCCUCUUCUCCCAACAGAUCCACCCAACAGGAAAACCCCAGAACGUCCUGUGCCCAACGGGAUCCCAGAGCCUCCUCUUCCAACAGAACUGCUCAACGGGACAACUCCAGAACUUCUUGCAUCCAAAAGAACACCCCCAGAUCCUCUUCUACCCAACGAGACAACCCUAAAACCUCUUAUACCAAAUGGGAUACCCUCAGAACCGCUUGUACCCAAUGGGACAACCCACAUGUCUCUUCCUUUAAACGGGACAACCCUAGAACCUCCUCCCCUCAAUGCUGCACCCUAAAGGACAAUCCCAGACCAUCAUCUCCCCAUCGCUCUGCUCAACGAAACAAUCCCAGGCCUUCCUCUCCCCACCGUACUAACAAAGACAUCCCCUGGGCCUCCUUCCCCCUCCGGCCAACUCAGAGUGAUGGCCCUCGAACCUCUUCCCCAUCUCGCUGUAAGCAAAGCGAGGUUCCCUGGGCAUCCAUUGCCCUCCGGCCAACCCAAGGUGACAGGCCUCAGACCUCCUCUCCCACUAGACCAGCCCGGUGUGACCCACCUCAGUCCUCUGGCCCCACUCAGCACAACUCACUGUCCCGGGCUACCUCUUCCUCCCACAACCCAGGCCAGCAGAGUGCCUCCCGAACUUCUUCACCUCUGCACCCCACUCCCCGGGCUGCUCCCCAGACCUCUCCUGAGCCCUCCCAGCCUCCAUGUGCUGUGUGCAUUGGGCACCGGGAUGCCCCUCGAGCCUCUUCGCCUCCUCGUUAUUUGCAGCAUGACCCCUUCCCCUUCUUCCCAGAACCCCGUGCACCUGAGAGUGAAUCACCCCACCACGACCCCCCCUAUGUACCACCUGCUGUGUGCAUUGGACACCGGGAUGCCCCCCGGGCAUCCUCACCCCCCCGCCACACCCAGUUUGACCCCUUCCCCUUCCUCCCAGAUACAUCAGAUACCUCUGAGAACCAGUCCCCUCAACAUGAACCUCCCCAGUUCCCCCCACCUGUGUGCAUUGGGUACCGAGAUGCACCCCGGGCCUCCUCGCCGCCACGCCAGGCCCCAGAGCCCUCCCUCCUGUUCCAGGAUCUCCCCAGGGCCAGCACUGAGAGCCUGGUCCCUUCCACGGACUCUCUGCACGACCCCCCCUACAUCUCAACCCCUGUAUGCAUUGGGCACCGGGAUGCACCCUCCUUCUCGUCCCCACCACGCCAGGCUCCUGAGCCCUCCCUCUUGUUCCAGGACCACCCUGGAACUAGUAUGGAGAGCCUGGCCCCCUCCACGGACUCUCUGCAUGGCUCCCCGGUGCUGAUCCCCCAAGUGUGCAUCGGGCACCGAGAUGCACCUCGAGCCUCCUCCCCGCCCCGCCACCCGCCCAGCGACCUAGCGCUCCUGGCACCCUCACCUCCACCAGGGAGCUCUGGGGGCUCCCGGGGCUCAGCAUCCCCCGGGGAGACAAGGCACAACUUGGAGAGAGAGGAGUACACUGUGUUGGCUGACCUGCCGCCACCCAGGAGGCUGGCCCAGAGGGAACCAGGGCCCCAGGCGCAGAGAAGCAACGGGGGCCGUACCCGCAGCCCAGGCCGUGCAGAGGUGGAGCGCCUCUUCGGGCAAGAGCGCAGGAAGUCCGAGGCACCGGGGGCCUUCCAGGCCCGGGACGAGGGAAGGUCACAGCGGCCCAGCCAAGGUCAGAGCCAACUUCUCCGAAGACAGUCCAGCCCUGCCCCCAGCAAGCAGGUGACCAAGCCCCCUGCCGAACAGGCAGAACCAGCCCGGCGGAGCCGAGCAGAGCCCCCUCAUCCCAGGAGUCCUGAGAGGCAGUCUGAGGGGGACCGGCGGCUCCAGGGGUCCUCGCUGUCCCCCAGGAUAUCAGCUAGGACCCCUGAGAGGGAGCCGCGGACAGAGAGACCUCCAGAGAGGGGCCGAGUGGGCCCAAGACAGCCUCUGGGGGGGUGGAAGAGUCAGGAGGAACUGCCAGGGUCCCAGUGCCCUCACAGGCCCAGGGGGAGGAGCUGGAGUGGCCAGGAGGGCCCGGGCCCUGGAGGCUGGCGAGGAUGUGGGGAGCCCAGGCUGGGGGCUGCCAGAGCCUCGGAGGACACAUGGAGGGGCCCUCCCAGGGAGGACAGGGAGAGCUGGGGGCAGGCAGAGGCCUGGGGGGAGCCCUCCGAGAAGCCAGCCCGGAGGGCCUGGGGCAGCCUGCAGGAGCUGUCCAGCCCCGACCAGCCUGUGAGCCCCCCAGAGAACUCCUGGGUAGGCCCGGCAGAGUUCUCACACCCCCGGCAGCCUGAGACAGCCACUGCCGUGGGCUGGGGGGCUGAGGGAGCGUGCCCACACCCGCAUGGCCCUGAGCGGCAACCCGAGCUCGACUGGACUGACCUGCUGGGCCUUCUCCGGGCACCUGGAGAAGGCACCUGGGCCCGUCUCCCGAGGCUGGACUGGGAAGGCCUCCUCGAGCUCCUGCAGGCCCGGCUGCCCCACAAGGCCCCCGCUGGACGCCGGGGUGACCCGGCCGAGGCUUCAGCGCCAGAGCCAGGUACCCCAGGCGCAAAGGGUGUCCUGGAGCAAGAGCAACACAGCCAGCCUGAAGGUUGGGCCGAGGCCACCAUAGUCAAUGGACACAGCCCUGGGCAGUGGCCCCAGAGCCCGGCUGAGCUGCCCAGCCCUGCCUACACCUCCACCCAGUGGCCAAAGACCAAAGUGACAAGUGGACCAGAGACCUCAACUGUGGCCAGCCCCAGACGCUCCAGUUUGCCGGAGCUGGAGUUCCAACCAGCGGAGCCUGAGGAGUCAGAACCAAGCAGAGGCCAAGACUUCCUGACUGAGCAGAAGCAGGCAGACUCGGCAGACAAGAGGCCAGCAGAGGGCAAGGCUGGGAGUCCACUCAAGGGCCGACUGGUGACCUCAUGGCGGAUGCCCGGGGACCGGCCCACGCUGUUCAAUCCGUUCCUGCUGUCUCUGGGGGUCCUCAGGUGGCAAAGGCCCGAUCUGCUCAACUUCAAGAAGGGAUGGAUGUCGAUCUUGGACGAGCCUGGAGAGCCUCCCUCCCCCUCGCUCACCACCACCUCUACUUCGCAGUGGAAGAAGCAUUGGUUUGUGCUGACGGAUUCAAGCCUCAAGUAUUACAGAGACUCCACUGCUGAGGAGGCCGAUGAGCUGGAUGGUGAGAUUGACCUGCGUUCCUGCACGGAUGUCACCGAGUUCGCGGUGCAGCGCAACUAUGGAUUCCAGAUCCACACGAAGGACGCUGUAUAUACCUUGUCGGCCAUGACCUCAGGCAUCCGGCGGAACUGGAUCGAGGCUCUGAGGAAGACUGUGCGUCCAGCUUCAGCCCCAGAUGUCACCAAGCUCUCGGACUGUAAUAAGGAGAACACGCUGCACAGCUACGGCACCCAGAAGGGCCCCCUGAAGGCGGGGGAGCAACGGACGUGCUCUGAGGUCAUCGGCCGGGGCAGCCCUCGGAAGGCAGAUGGGCAGCGGCAGUCCUUGGACUACGUGGAGCUCUCCCCACUGACCCAGGGCUCCCCGCAGCGGGCCCGCACCCCAGCCCGCGUUCCUGACCGCCCGGCCAAGCAGGAGGAGCUGGAGCGGGACCUGGCCCAGCGCUCUGAGGAGCGGCGCAAGUGGUUUGAGGCCACAGACAGCAGGGCCCCCGAGGUUCCCGCUGGUGAGGGGCCACGCCGAGGUCUGGGCGCCCCCCUCACCGAGGACCAGCAGAGCCGGCUCAGCGAGGAGAUAGAGAAGAAGUGGCAGGAGCUGGAGAAGCUGCCCCUGCGGGAGAACAAGCGGGUGCCACUCACUGCCCUGCUCAACCAAAGUCGCGGGGAGCGCCGGGGGCCCUCGAGUGACAGCCACGAGGCACUGGAAAAGGAGGUGCAGUCUCUUCGGGCCCAGCUGGAGGCGUGGCGUCUCCGAGGGGAGGCUCCUCAGAAUGCACCUAGAUCCCUGGAGGACGGCCACAUACCCCCGGGCUACAUCUCCCAGGAGGCGUGCGAGCGCAGCCUGGCAGAGAUGGAGUCCUCGCACCAGCAGGUGAUGGAGGAGCUGCAGCGGCACCACGAGCGGGAGCUGCAGCGGCUGCAGCAGGAGAAGGAGUGGCUCCUGGCCGAGGAGACAGCGGCCACGGCCUCAGCCAUCGAAGCCAUGAAGAAAGCCUACCAGGAAGAGCUGAGCCGGGAGCUGAGCAAAACACGGAGCCUCCAGCAGGGCCCGGAUGGCCUCCGGAAGCAGCACCAGUCCGACGUGGAGGCGCUGAAGCGGGAGCUGCAGGUGCUGUCGGAGCAGUACUCCCAGAAGUGCCUGCAGAUCGGGGCCCUGACGCGGCAGGCCGAGGAGCGUGAGCACACGCUGCGGCGCUGCCAGCAGGAGGGCCAGGAGCUGCUGCGCCACAACCAGGAGCUGCAUGCCCGCCUGUCGGAGGAGAUCGACCGGCUGCGCAGCUUCAUCGCUUCCCAGGGCAACGGCUGUGGGCGCAGCAACGAGCGGAGCUCCUGCGAGCUGGAGGUGCUGCUGCGAGUGAAGGAGAAUGAGCUUCAGUACCUGAAGAAGGAGGUGCAGUGCCUCCGGGACGAGCUGCAGACGAUGCAGAAGGAUAAGCGCUUUGCCUCGGGAAAGUACCAGGAUGUCUACGUGGAGCUGAACCACAUCAAGACGCGAUCGGAGCGGGAGAUCGAGCAGCUGAAGGAGCACCUGCGCCUCGCCAUGGCUGCCCUGCAAGAGAAGGAGUCGACGCGCAACAGCCUGGCUGAGUAGAGGUUCUCAUGGUCCGCCCAGCUGCACACCCGCCAGCGCGGGAGGACCUGCGCCCUCCCUCCCUGCUGGAUGGACGUCGGAAGCCAAGCUUUCCCCCACCCUCCGUGGGCCACAUGUUCACUCGCACCCACCACACACACACACACACACACACACACACACACACACACACACACACACGUAUGUACACACACACACAGAGACACGUAUGUACACACACACACACACACACACUGCAUAUCUGAGCGCGCCCCUCGCACUGGGUCUUACCUUGCACCUUCUUCAGGAUUUUAUAUGUGAAGAGAUUUUUAUAUAGAUUUUUUUCCUUUUUUUUUUUCCAAAACACUUUAUACUUUAAAAGAAAAAGCAAUUUCCGCUGGCCAUGUGCCUCCAGCCCUGGCUCCUGCUCUGUCUCCAGCCACCUCCCGCUUGGGCUUCGGGGCUGGUGGCCCAUCCCCAAGGGUCUAGCAGGGGCCCAGGCAGGGCCAUGGUGGGUUGUCUCCGAUGGGGAGAGGCAGGGAGCCAGCCACCCUCUUCCUCCCCUACCUCCUACUAACACUUCCGCCCUGAAUGGACUCAUACCCUGGGACUCUGGACAGAGGGACAGAUGGACAGAGGGAGCCAGCAGCUGUACCCACGGCCCCACCUCUGAGGAGGGCGUGCUGGGCCUGGAACUCCUGGAGCCACCCAUGAAGGCACUUCUCUCCUGUCCCAUGAACCUUCCUAACUUAAUAAAAUGUUCCAGCAGC